AUGGACGACACCCUCCGCGUCGGCGUCCCUGCCGCCGUCGCCUCCUACGGCGCGGCCGAGGCGUCGGAGCAUGGCGAUGAAGAGCACGCCAGCCCCGGCUGGAGGUUCUGGCGGCGCCGGCGCUACGUGGUGGCGUCCAUGGCCUUCUUGGGCUUCUUCAACGUGUACGCGCUGCGCGUCAACCUGAGCGUCGCCAUCGUGGCCAUGACGGCGGCCUCCAACGCCACCCUCGGCAACGGCACCACCGUGCAGGUUCCAGCCGAGUUCGACUGGGACUCCAAGACGCAGGGCCUCAUCCUCAGCUCCUUCUUCUACGGCUACCUGGUGACGCAGGUGCCGGGGGGCUGGCUGGCGGCGCGCGUGGGCGGCAGCCGCGUGUACGGCGUGGGUCUGGCGGCCACAGCCUUCCUCACCAUCCUCACCCCGCCGCUGGCCAGGGCGGGCACCGGCUGGCUCGUCGCCGUCAGGGUCGUCGAGGGCCUCUUCGAGGGGGUGACGUACCCCUGCAUCCACGCCGUGUGGGCGCGCUGGGCGCCCCCCGCCGAGCGCUCCCGCCUGGCCACCAUCGCCUUCUCGGGGAGCUACGCGGGCACCGUGGUGUCCCUGCCCCUGUGCGGCGUCAUCGCGGCGCGGCUGGGGUGGCCGGCCAUCUUCUACAUUUUCGGCGUUCUCGGUCUGGUGUGGUACGCCUUCUGGCUGUACAUCGUCAAGGAGAACCCAGCGGACGACCCCCACAUCUCGCGCGGCGAGCUCCGCUACCUCCAGAAGACCCUGGCGUCUGUUCCGGACGCGAAGAUGGCGAGCCAGCCAUGGGGCAGCUUCCUGACGUCGGCUCCGGUCUGGGCCAUCGUGGCGGCGCACUUCAGCGAGAACUGGGGGUUCUACACUCUGCUCACCCAGCUGCCCACCUUCAUGCGGGACGUGCUGCACGUCCAAAUCGAGCAGUCCGGGGUGCUGUCCGCGCUGCCGUACGUCUGCAUGUCCGUCAUCCUGCAGGCCGCGGGCCACUUCGCCGAUUGGCUGCGCGCCGGGAGGAUGUCCACGACGGCGGUGCGGAAGCUGUUCAACUGCGGCGCCUUCCUCAGCCAGACCGUGUUCAUGAUGGUGGCGGCCUACGCGACCUCCGCCUGGGCCAUCGUACUGUGCAUCACCGUCGCCGUGGGGCUCGGCGGUUUCGCGUGGUCCGCCUUCAGUGUCAACCACUUGGACAUCGCUCCUCAGUAUGCAAGCAUCCUCAUGGGAAUUUCAAACACUGUGGCAACUCUACCGGGUAUGAUAAGUCCCCACAUAACUGGUUACAUUGUUCAGGACAAGACACCAUCUCAGUGGAGGACCGUUUUCAUGAUAAGCAGUUCCAUUUACUUGGCAGGGGCCUUGAUCUAUGGCAUUUUUGCAUCUGGGGAACGCCAGCCUUGGGCAGAUGACACACCAAGUAAUAAGUCAACUUUCAACAAGAAACCCGGAACCCGCACUCGUGGCCACACCAACGAAGCUCUAGAGCUCGGCCAUGAUGACUGAAUAGGUUUAAGUAAAAGUCAAAUAGGUAAAAAAGCUUGUGUCAUAAUUAUUAUGAAAUUUUCCACUUUGUU